AUGGAAAGCUUCCUUCGAGAAUGGAGGCAAGACGCCUUAAAUAAAGCACAGUAUGAGUCUGCUAUUUUCAUUGGGGACAAACUUUUGGCAUUAACCAAUGACGACAAUGACGCGUUUUGGCUGGCCCAAGUUCAUUUCGCUACUGGGAACUAUACCAGAGCCCAGACCUUCCUAUCUAAACAGGACCUUAUUUCCCGGAAUCCCUCAUGUCGAUACCUGGCCGCUCACUGCUUCAUUAAACAAUCUCGGUUUGAUGAAGCUCUUGUGGUGCUUGGUGAACGAAAUCCUACACACUUGAUUUCUAAUCCUGCAACUAAGCGCAAAAUUCAGCACACGGGUACACGUACUGCCUCUCAUCAUGGAAGAGGCGCCACCAAAGCUCACGAGCGCAGAGAUGGGCUAUCAGAAGAAGAAGCAGCUAACAAACGCUUCGAAGCUGCUAUGUGCUUUCUACGAGGUAUAUGCUAUGCCAAGCAGAACGCAUUCGAUCGGGCGAAGGAGUGUUAUAAAGAUGCUGUUCGCAUCGACGUCCAAUGCUUCGAGGCAUUUCAACAGCUAAUGAAGAAUUCACUUAUGUCUCCCGAUGAGGAAUGGCAGUUUUUGGAGUCUCUGGAUUUCGAUGCUAUUAAUGUCUCUGGAGACUCAUCUUCCUCUCAGGAGGCUGCCGAAUUUACGAAGAUGCUCUACACUACCCGACUCUCCAAGUACAGGAACCCAGCAUCUUUCACAACUGCUUGCGAGACUCUAUCUACACACUAUAACCUCGCCUCAAACCCUGACCUGCUACUUGCCCGAGCAGAUUUACUAUACACUCAAUGCAGAUACAAAGACGCGCUUGCAAUUACCGAGUCUGUGCUUCAAGAAGACAAAUACAAUUUCAGCAUAUAUCCCUUACACUUAGCCUGCUUGUACGAACUCAGGAUGAAAAACGUACUCUUCCUAAUCUCGCACGACCUCGCCGACACACAUCCGGAAGAACCCUGCACAUGGCUUGCCGUUGGCAUUUACUACUUCGCCAUCGACAAGAUCGCCGAAGCCAGGCGCUACUUUAGUAAAGCUAGCAUGAUGGAUCCGCACUUCGGGCCGGCCUGGAUCGGAUUCGCGCAUACGUUCGCGGCCGAGGGCGAGCACGACCAGGCUAUAUCGGCGUACUCUACCGCGGCACGGCUAUUUAUGGGUACGCAUCUGCCCCAGGUGUUCCUGGGGAUGCAGAACCACGCGCUCAAUAACAUGACUCUGGCCGACGAAUUCCUCAAGACGGCCUACGGUCUCUGCAAGACAGACCCGUUACUGCUCAACGAGAUGGGUGUUGUUUAUUACCAUCAAGACCGACCUCAGGACGCUGCCACGCUCUUCCUAAAGGCUCUCGAAGUCGCAGAGGACAUCGACUCGGAACCUAAUGCUUGGAUCUCAGCACGCAUUAACCUGGCACAUGCAUACCGUCGCGCCAAGCGCUACGAAGAGGCGCUAGAUCAGUUCGACGAGGUCUUAAGACAGGGCGGCAAAGACGCGGCUAUAUUCGCGGCGAAGGGCUUGAUAUACAUGGAGCAAGGAGGGAAGUUCGACCUGGCUGUCGAAGUGCUGCACCAGGCGCUCGCCAUCCACCCCCAAGACCCCAUCGCGACGGAAUUAUUAAACAAGGCGUUGGACGAGACGGCUAGUCUGUUACCUUGA